UUAGUUUGAUGUGAAUGGGUAUUAAAGGCAGCAUGCUAGAGAGGGGCAGAAAAAGACGGAGAGCAAUCCAACCUGCCCCUGUAAGAACAGUACGAAGGGGGCAUAGUGAGCUUCUCAGGGCAAGCUGUCAAGGGUGGAUCUUGCAUUGACAUAUUUGGGUGAAAGAAAAACAGCCUUCUCUGGGAGAGAGAGUUCACAAAAAUGCUAACAUGAAUCGAAACGUUUAUGUGGAAUUGAGAUAAAAACUGGGAGGAAUUCAGUGAAGGAUGCAGCCGUGGUCCCUAAGGGCAAAGAGCUUGUGGUUGGCCAUGAACGGAGAGUCACGACGAGGUGUACCUGAAUCAGAAUAAACCCGACUGGGAGUCAAGAGGAGGUCCAACUUCAAUCAAUCCACAUACAAUCUGCUGGGGUUUGGCCUAUAACAUUAAUGAUUAGAGUACUGUUGUGUAUUAGAAUUUAAAAUGGUUAAUGAGAGAUUGAAAUCAUAUCUGGAGCCUGUGCGGCUGUUAUUUUAUUCCAAGGCAGAAGGUUGCGCUCAGCCCUUCUGAAUAUUUUAGUGAAUGAGGAACCUAUCGAACGGAGCUCUGCUGGCAGUGCUGGAGAAUUUCGGUGUUCAUGGCUAGAACAGAAACAUUUGUGUCCGUCACUUGAGUUUCUCAAAAACUCCUGAAUUAUUCACACAGAUGCAGUAAUUUGGUAGGAAGAAGUAAGAAAAAGGGGCAAGGGCAACUGAAAAGUGAGAGCUUCCCACAACUUCAAAUCAUUAGGGCGUCAUGCAGUCAGACGAUCUCUUCAUCCGCAAGUUCCGCAGGCAGAGUCCACGCCCGCCCCUAGCGAGAGUGAGUUUUGACCCCAAGCAGGAUGGUGGUAGCAUGCGGACACGAGUCGUGGCCGAAUGGCCCCCCAGGAGAGAGGGAGAGGGAACAAACAGUGACAGCGUCACACCCAAUGCAGCUGCGCUGAAUCUGAGGACAGUGGGUCGUGGACACAUAAUGCAGCGCAGCAACAGUGACGUCACCCUUGGCGAUUUGGAUUCAACAGGGCAGGUCGGGAGGAAGUUGCUUCGAGCAGGGGGGGACAAAACUGGAACUGCAGGGCAGGGAGAGUCCCUCCACCGAGAAUACGGCAGCCUCUCCUCACUGGAGCGACAGACACAGUCCGUAGAUCCUGGAGCCGAAGAACAAGGCACUCUCAGUCCCAAUGCCUUACGCUUCAGAGAUCCUUUUGUUCUUCUGGGGCUGCAAGAGGCAGCUCCUGAGCUGGACGACUUAUAUCAAGGAAACUGUUCUCCAGCAGUAGACACUUCAAAACCGGUCAAGCCCCCGAAACCAGAGGGGCUCGGUAAGAAGGCCAAACCAUCCCCUCCACAGGCCCCUCAGUUUUCCUGUGAACAAGUCCCAGGCGGUGCUUGGGUGCGCAAUUUUGCACACUAUGACGUACAGAGCAUCCUCUUUGACCUGACGGAGGCUGCCACCAAUCGGGACAGCAUUGGGCGCAAGAAGAACAUCACAUCUGGUGCGUCAGCUGCCUCUCAACUCCGUCCGCUCUCGCAAUCCACACCUUCCUCAGUUUCUCAGGGUGGAGGGGGCAGCACGGGAAGUGGGACUAGUUCGGAGGAUGUAGAGCAGUCUUUGUUGGACGAAGGAGAUGGGAAUGAUAAUGAUCUCCUGCUCAGCUGUCCUCACUUUCGGAAUGAGAUGGGUGGCGAGGAGAGCGUGGGGCUUGGCCUGCACAGCAGGUGCAGGUGGAGGAGUCUUCAAAGCCCCAACGAUGCUGUUUCCGUAUUAGAGGAGCCAAGGGAGAGCCACGUCCAGCCCCAGGGUAAAAGUAACUACUUCAUAGAGCAUGCAGACCUUGGGGCUCGUUACUAUCACAAAUACUUCUACAUGAAAGACCAUCAGAAUUUCUUUGGCAUCGAUGAUCGUUUGGGGCCAGUGGCUGUCAGUUUUCGCAGGGAGGAAAAAGAGGGAUCAAGUGGGUCCCAGUACAACUACAGAAUCAUUUUCAGGACCACUGAACUGAAGACCCUGAGAGGUUCAAUCAUGGAGGAGUCUGUUCCCUCCGCAGCACGUCACACCACGCCACGUGGCCUUUCACCCAAGAGACUGCUGGAGUUUAUUUUGCCUGAGCUCAACCUACAUUGCCUCAGACUGGCCUCCACGUCCCCUAAAGUCAGAGACACACUCCUUAAACUGGAUGAGCAGGGGUUGAAUUUCCAGCGUAAGGUGGGGGUUAUGUACUGCAGAGCAGGACAAAGCACUGAAGAGGACAUGUAUAACAAUGAGAGUGCUGGCCCAGUGUUUGAUGAGUUUCUGGACCUUCUUGGAGACAGAGUGCGACUCAAGGGCUGGGAGAAAUACAGAGCACAACUAGAUACCAAAACCGACUCCACAGGAACACACUCACUGUAUACUCGCUACCAGGAUUACGAGAUCAUGUUCCAUGUCUCCACCAUGCUUCCAUACACGGCCAACAAUACACAACAGUUACUGAGGAAGAGGCACAUAGGGAAUGAUAUUGUUACAAUAGUCUUCCAGGAGCCAGGUGCUUUACCCUUCACCCCCAAAGCCAUCCGUUCUCACUUUCAGCAUGUGUUCAUCAUUGUCCGAGUACACGAGCCCUGCACCGACAACACCUAUUACAGAGUUGCAGUAACUCGUUCCAAGGACAUCCCUCUCUUUGGUCCUCUCUUCCCUAAAGGUGCACGCUUCCCACGUUCCUCUGCCUUCCGUGACUUUCUCCUUGCCAAAGCCAUUAAUGCAGAGAACGCAGCUGAGAAAUCUGAAAAAUUUCGCUCUAUGGCCACACGCACACGGCAAGAGUACUUGAAAGACCUGGCGGAAAACUAUGUCACCACCACACCCAUUGAUUCUUCCACCAAAUUCCCGCUGCUGUCACUGGGCGGGAAGCGCAAAGAAAAGUUGAAGGGAGCUAAAGGUGCAGAGCUUCAUAGCGCAGGCGCUUUAGUGUGGGCCGUCACCGUCAUUCAGGGCGGCGAGAGCAACGGUCUUAGCCUCUCCUGCCUGCUUGGCGUAUCAGCGGAGUCAGUCGUGCUCAUAGAGCGAUCCACUAGAACAGUCGUGUUCAAUUGCAGCUGCCGCGAUGUCAUUGGCUGGAAAGCUGUGACCGAGAUUGGAGCUCAGGGUGGCCUUUGCCUGGAUAUCUUCUAUGAGAGAGGCGAGGCAGUGACCGUGACAAUGUUGGACAGCCAAGUUGAGGAUAUUAAGGAGGUUGUCCAGAGGCUUGAGCUGGUAACACGAGGCUGUGAGGCGCGUGAGAUCACACCCCUGCGGGACGGAGUAGGUCAGCCUGGCUUCCUGAUGAGUGAGGAAGGCUUUGUAACUGAGCUGCAGCGGUUUGGAUAUGCAGAGAGUGGUGGGUUGCAGUUGGGGGCUCGUGUUGUUCGUCUCUGUGGUCAGGUCCUGGUCCACCUCAGCCAGGAAGAGAGGAGCCGACUCCUCCGCACGGCACAGAAGAUUCACAUCACCGUCAUUCCUCCAGACGAGAACGGGAAACCACGCAGGAGUUUCUCUGAGCUAUACCAGAAAGCCAUCCAGGAUGCAGAAAGCAAAUCCGGAGAGGGACAAUCGGGCGAGGCCUGGGUUCUGGAUGACGACGAUGAUGAUGAUGGUGAUGAAGGGGAGGAAGAGGAGAAGAAAGAGAAUGAAAAUAAGAUGUAUGACAUUGAAACUCCGAAACAGGAACUACUUGUAGAGCAGAUAGGAUUUCCCGAGCCCAUGGAUACAGAUUCGCUCCUCUCCCCACCCAGCUUGCCCCUCUUGCGGGCAACUUCCCUGCAGGACAGCAUGAAGAGUCAGACCCCAGAAAUCCCUGUCUCUCUCACACGAAGCUACUCAUUAGAAGGACAUCCUCCAUGCCAGGACAUCCUUGAAGGACAUGUGUAUGAUAAUGUGGGGCUGAAAGGAAACAGGCACAUCUAUGAAAACCCUGGAGAGCUUAGGGAUGUGACCCCUGACCUCAUACUGGCAGUCAAACCUAAAGUGCCUCCGGAGCAAGAGGAAGAGUUUGGACCUGAUCUGGGGACUGAGGAGCGGCCAUCGGUCAGUGAUGUGACCAUGAGAACUGCCUGCAUGGAAAGUGCAGAAAGAAACUCCAGAGCUCUGAGCCUCCAUAACUCCAUCACUAAGAUUCUCUCAGAGACAACAGAUUCAUCUGAGGAGGAGUGGCAGUCGAUUUCUGAUCUGGCCAGCGCCUGUCGGAACAUUCUGGAAGCUUUGUCUCGAGAAGAUCGGAAGUCAGGAGAUGGAACUCAAGAGACUAUGACCCAGUCAGGUCAGACAGAAACCAAGUUUAAAGACUUAAAGGACAGUGACUCGCCUGGUCACCUCGAGGAGAAAGUGUCCCAGUUAGAAGCCAUGCUGAAGCGACUGCAGGACGACCUCCAAAAGUCCUUGCCCUCUUCGCUACUUCAAAGAGCCACUGCUGCUUCACAGAGCCAAUCAAACAGAGGGACUGUAGAGGUAGGGCGGGACAAGCAAAAGAAACCUGUCUUGUCAUUGAGCAGGGUGAACAGAGGAGAUGAGAAGAUUGCUGGAGGGACAAUGGGCAGCCAUGCUCAAUCUCAACACUAACCGACCAAUGGCAGUGAAGGAGAAGGAGGACAAGGCAUUGCUGCAAGCAGAGGUGCAAAGUCUCAGGCAGAACAACCAGCGAUUGCAGGAAGAGUCUCAGAGUACCGUGGCGCGGCUCAUUAAGGUCACCGAACUGCUCUGCAACGUCAACAAACCCUGCUAGCAUUGAAGGCUAAACCAUGGCAGCAAGCAAGAUCUACAGACACAUCUAAAGGCCAAUGAAAAUGUUAGCAAAUCUAGCAAACAAAGCCCUAAAAACUUAUCUUAAGUGACAAGAACAUUGACAAGCCUUACUCGAAAAGUGGUCGGCUAAAGUAUAUUCUCACUCAAAAUAUACUAUAAUUAACAAAUCAUCACCAUCUCUGUUGCACCCUAAAAGGUUUUCAGGGCUAGAUUUACAUAUACUCCCAUCACUGUGACAGCUUGUUAACAAUGAUAGCCUUCGGUGCAAGAACCAGUUUCGUAGGAGACUCUUAAUCAUUACUAUUUUGUAAGCGUGCCCUUAACAUCGGCUAGUGUUGUUGACAAGCAGUUCAAAACCAGUUCAAUAUCUAAAAGUAAUUAUUUGCAACCCCUCAGACCUGACUUUAGAAGACAUUUAGUGACAUUAACUUUUCAAAAUCAUAUUAUACUUUAAGUAUUUCUUCCCUACUCUGAAUUUUUCAUCAUAUUCCUACAUAGUGAACCAGAUGGUCACAAACAAUCGUGUCCAGAUACCUAGCAAUACAUUCCCCUUACUUGUGUUAAAAUUGCUUCAAGAGUUCCAGAUCAUGUACUUCAGUGUAUAUGCGGUUUCUUACUAGAAGAAAAUUAUUAAAAUGUCAGUGUGACUGUAACCAUCUAUUAACCAUCACAGUGUCAGAAACAGGUAGAACCCGAUCUAACCUUUUCUCUGUUGGCAAUGGAUAAAAGGCUGGCUUCUCACUUAUAUCUAAAGUGAAUAUGUUAACGUAACAACAUCAAGAGCAAUGCAAAUUAAUGAAAAUCUGAAAAUAUGUGCAUUUUGGUAAACACAUUUUUUGUUUGUGACUACCCUUGUGAAAAAGUGCGCUUGAUUGUAUUGAAUGUGCACUUAAAGUGUACUUCAAUACUUAAAAGUAUAUUUUUAAAAACCCGUACUUGCAGAUAAUAUAGGCCUAUUACUGAAAUAAAAAGCCAGUUAAGUGUACUUAAAGAGAGUACACUCAUGAUUGUUUCUUAACACACUUAAGUGCACUUUUAAAUCAUCAUUUUAAUAAUCUUUUGCCGUGCUUCAAAGAAGUACACCUAUUUUGAUAUGUUGACUAACAUACUAAAGCACAGUUACUAAUGUUAAAAUAUUUUAAAUGUACUAAACUGCAACUUCCUCAUUACAAUGUGUAAUUACAACAUAAAUGCUUAUCGGUACAUUCAGCAGUACACUUUAACCAUAUUUCAAAGACAAUAGAAAUAAUUAUGAAAUUACAUAUAAAGAUGUAUUUAAGUGGGUAAAAAAAUCACUCUAAAGUUCAGCUAAUUCAAAUAAUACAUUUUCAUUUAAUUGCAGUUAUUUACAUUCAGCGCUAAUUACAUUCAGUUUGCACUGAAGUAUAUUCUUUUAAAGUAUAUUAUUUCUGUAUUAAGUACUCUAUAAAAAAUAUGCUUUUUAAAAGUGUACUUUUUCGCAAGGGACAAGUCAAAAUAAUUUUCAGUGGUAAUCGACAGCAUGUAACAGUUGUCAGUAGAACUUAAGUUGAAGCUGGAAUAUUCCACAAAAUAUUUGGAGGAAAAAAUUAAUUCCUGCUUUGAAUAGCCAGUUGAAUUUAGAAUUUAGACUCACUAGACACUUUUUUAAUUGAUCAAGGAAAUUUUGUGACAUACCAGAGAGAAGAAAUUGCUCAUGUAACACCUUUUCACAGCUGUGAUUUUAGCAAUGGGACAAAGUGUCUGAUAUUUGAACUUUUUUAAUUUCAUGUGUGUGUGCGUGUGCGUGUGUGUGUGUGUGUGUGUGUUUUUUUUUUAAGCCUUAUGUCUGAUCCCACUGAAUCUGAAUGAGCCUUGCAGACACCUGCUUGAAGGACAUUGAUUUGAGAUGAAAACAAUCCUUAGUGUUAAGUUACGAAGGGAAGCAAUGACUUUAAAGUAGUACAUUUCUAUUUAUAAAGAUUGCUGCCAAUUUGAAUCAAGUGUUUGCUGCUCACAAAGUUUUAAGAGACAAGCCAGACCAGUUCUACUUUGUUCUCACACAAAUUGCCUAGAGUGCUUUACGCUGAAUUGUGACACAGCACAUAUUUAUAAAAUUGCUAUUUUGUUUUAUUUUCCAUAUCGCACCCAUAUAUCACUCUUUACCUCACCUAAAGGUGCACUGAUAAUAACAUGAAAAUGUGACGAGAAGAAGAGCAAAUUGACUGGACUCUUACCUGCACACACACUCGCAAAACAUGCCGGACUGAAGCUGAACGAAUCACACGGCACCACCACAAACCUACAUGCAAAGGGAAACGAAGCGAAAUGUUAAAUAUCCAUCCGUCAGCAUUACUGUACGUCAUACACGUCUUCUCCCCUUCAAAUGUUGAGGUUUUUUAUUUUAGAGUCACUGUGAUAACCUGGUACCAGCAGAUUCUGAUGUAUUACAAUGAAAUUAUAAAUCUAUAUCUUUAUUCCUCUCUGUGAAGAAACGUAGAGCCAAAAUAAGUGUUACUUCCCUCUGAUGUGUGUAAGUCUAUAUCCAGAUGGAGCUGGAGUUUACUGAUUAGUUGUUACCAUUAGUGGAGAAUUUGUUGAGUUUGAUGAAUGCAGCGUGAUUAUUGUUACAGACAGGAAGAACACUGAUGCAGCUUUUAUGCAAUCAGUAAUGCAUUUUGUGGGGUUUACUUAGCAAAAGAGCAAUGUAAAAGAACUAUUUCCUGUUCAUCUGUGUGCGACAUAGUCUUUUAGAUCGUAGGAGGCUGUGAAAGCACGUGAGUGCAACAAGCAAUUUCUAAGCCACCUUCUGUAUCUGUGUAUGUAUUUAUAAAAAUGUUAUAACUUAUUAAUCUUGAAAAUGUGGAUGUUAUUGCUAGAUAUGUAUAUUUGAACUGGAAGGGAAGCGAUGCAAAAUUGUGAUCCAAUGAAUGUUUAUUUUAUUUUAGUUUUAAAUUGUAAGAGUAAGGCAUGACAUGAUAGCAGGUCAUAUUUUGAAUUGUUGGAAUAAUAACAACCGUCGAGGCAUUUUCCGUAGUGGAAAAAUACUCUCCGAUAUUACACUGGAAACAAACUCAAAGGGACAGUGCGAGUUACAACCGUGGCUGCUUGAAAAAUUGUGUGACAUUCCAUCUCUUCAUGUUCUUAAUAAUUUUAUCAUUAUUUUUUUAUUGUCAAAGCUGUAUUAUAACUUUUGUUCGAUACUGAAAUGUUAACUCUUAACUGCUGUGGUGACCCAAGGGGUUUCCAGUAAAAAAAAAAAAAAAUGUUAUUAAUGAUUAGAUCAGGAUAAUUUGUCAGCAAAACUUAUCUGAAAAACAAAUCAAAACAAAUGCAUUUAGACUAAAUUACACAUGACUUGAAAUUCUUAAAUGUAUUUUAAAGGGACAGGUUUGCAAAUGUCAAACUUAUCCCUAUCUCUUUUUUAAUAAUAUGGUAUUUUAUGGGGCCAUACAUGCUUUUCAUCUUAGAGUCAUGCUUGCUGUUUGAUUUAUGUAUUAAUGAUGCAAUUCUGUUGUUUACAAAAUGUUGGUCCUUUUGAUUUAAAUGUGAUACUUGUAUAUGCACUGAAACAUCUGUAAGGACUUUUAAAGUACAGCCUGCUUUCACUGGAACAAAGCCACGGUCACUCCAGGGAAUGAAGCCAUGCAAAUCAUGCAGAUAAACUAGCAUAGUCCGCUGGAAAUUUGUGAGUGGAUUGUUGUAGUGCCAAAUUUUAUAAUGUUCCACUACCAACAACUGUGGUAUUUACAGACUGUACAAUUAAAAGCCUUACAAACUAUCCGAACCACUCCUAUGAAUGUGCAUUUUCCACUGUUAGCCGAACAUUCCUUGAUGUGUUGCUUUUUUAUGUCAUGUUGCUGGCCGUGUCAUGCCCAAGGACAGAUUUACAGAUUAAGCUUAGUCCCUAUUAGUAGUUACUAUACACUGAUGUCAGUGACUGUUCUAAAUUGCCAAACCUGCCAACCAAUAGCAUUAUUUCUACUAAUCCCAUAAAUGAUCAGCUCCUGAAACAGAAUCACUAGUUAGCAGGCACUUUUAUAAAUAAGUAUUGUCACAUAAACAAAUGAAUAAUGUAGGUGUAUGGCAAACCACAAACCCACACACUAUGCACACUGGUCUGUGAUAUCCGGAAAGAAUUAUGACUGGACCAACAGGAGUAUGCCGUCCAGUCAAAACAUACUAAGAAAUGGUAUGGUGAUCACCGGAGCUAUACUUGUUUCUUUUAACUAAUAGGGAUUGAUCAAGUAUUGUAUAUGUGAACCUGAGGGAUCCUGGCAAUAAAACUGAACUUGUUUCUGUACAA